ACAACCCUGGCCUGCUCACCAUCCAGCCUGACCUCAGCACCACCACCAUGACCUACCAGGGCUCGCUCUGCCCACGCCAGGACGGCCCUGCCAAGCUCCAGCUGCCCAAUGGGCACCUGCUGAGCCCGCUGGGUGCUGGGCGGCACACCUUGCACCACAGCUCGCCCGCUGCCGAGGGCGCUGAUUUCGUGGCCCGGCUCUCCACCCAGAGCUACUUUCGCUCUCUGCCCCGUGGCACCACCAACAUGGCCUACGGCACCUUCAACUUCUUGGGGGGAAGGCUCAUGAUCCCCAACACAGGGGUGCUCCUCACCCGCCCCGCCAUCCUGGCCAUGGGCCACUGCGUGGAGGCCAGCGGUGAGAACUGGAGCAUCCGGCUGAAGAAGCAGUCAUGCGAGGGCACGUGGGAGGACGUGCUGCAGCUGGGCGCCGAGCCGUGCACGGAGCUGUACUACUGCCAGCUGGAAGCGCAGGCGUGCUACAUCUUCACGGAGCAGCUGGGGCGCUUCGCUCUGGUCGGGGAGUCCCUCAGCAUGGCGGCCUCCAAGCGCCUCAAGCUGGUCCUGUUCGCACCGGCCGCCUGCCCCUCGCUCGAGUACAACAUCCGCGUCUACUGCCUCAGCGACACCCAGGACGUCCUCAAGGAGGUGAUCCAGCUGGAGAAGCAGCUGGGGGGGCAGCUGAUCGGAGCCCCCCGGGUGCUGCACUUCAAGGACAGCUACCACAACCUGCGCCUUUCCAUCCACGACAUGCCCAGCUCCCUCUGGAAGAGCAAGCUGCUCGCCAGCUACCAGGAGAUCCCCUUCUACCACAUCUGGAGCGGGCUGCAGCCCUUCCUGCACUGCACCUUCACCCUGGAGCGCCUGAGCCCCAGCACCUGCGAGCUGGCCUGCAAGAUCUGGGUCUGGCAGGUGGAGGGUGAUGGGCAGAGCUUCACUGUCAACUACAACAUCGCCAAGGACACGAGGUUUUCGGACUGGCUGGUCCCUGACAGCGAGGUGGGCGCCCCAGCCUUGGUGGGCCCCAGUGCCUUCAAGAUCCCCUUCCUCAUCCGCCAGAAGAUCAUCAGCAGCCUGGACCCACCGGGCACCCGAGGAGCAGACUGGAGGACACUGGCCCAGAAGCUCAACCUCGACAG